AUGAAUACUCUCUACUUCGUUAUCUGUGUGGCGGUAGUCGCUGAUCUCAGUACGUUUUCUACCGCACAAGUAUGUGAUAGACUGUGUGUUACAAGAACUGGAUUAAAGUCUGGUACGGAUGAGGAUUCUAUAUCCGAAGUUACGUGUGAAGACGGUAAAUUUCUAACAGGAUGCUCUAGCUACUCAGAAGACAGUAGUGAGCGAGCUGGCGAACAAAUUAAAAAAGCUAGUAAUGGUAAAUUGGGCUGUAUUGCCACAAAUGGUGAAAAUGGAUUAGGUACACGUGCCUAUGCUCGUUGCUGCAAAUGGCCCCAUAUGAGUUGCAAAUAUGUCAACGGCAACAAAUCCUCAACCCCUGAUGAUGGCGGGAGUAUGGCAUUUUGUCCAGACAACAUAAAUUGCUUUGAUACCUUUGUUACAGGUUGUUCACUCAGGUCCCCGUGGAAAGGUCUGACUGGAGCAAAGCCUAUGAUGCCUAACUACUGUCUUGGUUAUAAUGAAAAUGUGAAUAAAGGUCUCUGGGUUAGUUCUGCGUGUUGUUCCGCUUCCAACUUCAACUGUAAUACGAAAUCUGUCCAGACUGGAACUGUUGAGGGUGAUAAAGCAAUAGUAGGAUGUGACGAUGGUUGGAUACUAACCGGUUGUUCUGUGCGAAACCCAAACCAUCCUACACGCGGAGCCUACAUUGAUGAUGAUGACAACUGUGUGGCCGUUAAUGGAGCAGAUGGAAAAGCAAUUUGGGCCAUAGCCGUAUGCUGUAAAGACACGUAUUAGAAGCAUAUUACAACGAUGAAAUAUUAAAUGUAUUUGGUUUGUUGAUGUAACGGGUUUACAAUGGUGGUGGGAACUCAAAAUAUAAUGUUAACAACUU